GGAGCUUGAAAAGGGAGGGGGCUUAACAUUGGGUCUGGUAAGAUUUAGGACGGCAAGAUCAGGCAUUGUGGUCUGCUCCGGCACCGAGUCUGCAGCUAUCCUCCUUGCUGUAUGUACCUGAGGAUCUGCUUUGACUUUUUAGUUUAUCCCUGAACUUAGUUGAAUUCAGAUCAUCAUCAUGGAGGCCAUCAAGAAGAAGAUGCAGAUGCUGAAAUUGGACAAGGAGAAUGCCAUCGAUAGGGCGGAGCAGGCUGAGACCGAACAGAAAGCUGCUGAGGAGAAGUGUAAGCAGUUGGAUGAUGAGCUGAUUAGCCUGCAGAAAAAGCUGAAGCAGACUGAAGAUGAACUGGACAAGUAUUCUGAGGCCUUAAAGGAUGCCCAGGACAAACUGGAACUUUCUGAGAAGAAAGCUGCUGAUGCUGAAGCCGAUGUGGCAGCCCUGAACCGCAGGAUCCAGCUGGUGGAGGAGGAGUUGGACCGGGCACAGGAAAGGCUGGGGACGGCGCUGCAGAAACUGGAGGAGGCUGAGAAAGCAGCAGAUGAGAGCGAGAGAGGCAUGAAGGUGAUUGAGAACCGUGCAAUGAAGGACGAGGAGAAGAUGGAAAUACAGGAGAUGCAGCUAAAGGAAGCCAAGCACAUCGCUGAGGAGGCCGACCGAAAAUAUGAAGAGGUGGCUCGUAAACUUGUGAUUCUUGAAGGUGAGCUGGAACGAGCUGAAGAGAGAGCCGAGAUGUCUGAAUGCAAAGUCGGUGAUCUAGAGGAGGAGCUGAAGAAUGUAACCAACAACCUCAAGUCCUUAGAAGCUCAGGCAGAGAAAUACUCAGAAAAAGAAGACAAGUAUGAGGAGGAGAUUAAGGUCCUCAGUGACAAACUGAAGGAGGCUGAAACCCGAGCCGAGUUUGCAGAGCGAUCAGUGGCUAAACUGGAAAAAUCCAUUGAUGACCUGGAAGAAAAAUUAGCAAGCGCCAAAGAAGAAAACCUCGGAAUGCAUCAAGUUCUGGAUCAGACACUGCAGGAGUUGAACAGCAUAUGAAAAAUAGGUCUUGUGAUAUUCCACAAACAGCUUUAUUCCUCAUGAUUGUCUAUACAAAUUUCACAGAGGAUUAAUUUAAUUUGUUUGUUUUUCAGUAUUAGAAAAGAUCACACUCUUAGCUUAAUGGUGGUGGUAAAAGUGAAAUGCACAUUUGUUUACAUUGUAUUUGACAAAUUUGUGCAAACAUCUGAAAACGUCCUGAGUGUAAUGUGUAACCUGGAUGGAGUCACCAUCUAGUGGUCAUUCAAAUUAUUCUAAUUAUGUCAUUUGAACAAUUUUGUUUUGUGGUUACUAUUAAAAAAUGUGUUUAUUAUUUUUCAUUUGUGCCCCGAGCUGAUGAUAAUCAAUACACAUGGAUGCUAGAGGGAUCAAAAAUUUUAUAAUAUGCCUUUUUGUAUACAGAUAAUAAUUACUUUUACAGAAUACACACAAUGCAACUUUAAAUUAAACUGCUGGAUGUCUUAAUACGUGUGAUAUAGUUCUUUACAGAACUGAAAACAUUCCACACUUCAUGAGGACCAAAAUCACAUUUCAUUUAUUUUUGUUUUUCUUUGUUUCACUUUCUGUGUUCCUUGAAACAUUUUUCCACUAUGCAUGUAAUAAAUUUGUAUAAAAAUGUUAA